AUGUGCUCCGGGGGGCAAUUAAGCAACCGCAUUUCGUGCCUAAGGCAGCAUUUUCUAGACGCGGCGCUGCUGAAUCGCACGCUGGUGUUCCCAUCGCACGGGCCCGGAGUGGACUAUGACUACGAGCGCCUGUUGGAUAUGGAGGCGCCCAGGCGGUGCUUUGGCAACCAGACGUUUCUUACUCUUGACGAAUACGCUGCCAUUCAGGAGGCCAAGGUGGUGGACUAUGACUACGAGCGGCUGUUGGAUAUGGAGGCGCCCAGACGCUGCUUUGGCAACCAGACGUUCCUGACGCUGGAUGAAUACGCUGCCAUUCAGGAAGCAAAGGAGCGGCUGUUGGAUAUGGAGGCGCCCAGGCGGUGCUUUGGCAACCAGACGUUUCUCACUCUCGAUGAAUACGCUGCCAUCCAAGAGGCCAAGGUGGGUACUGUGCUGCUGUGGGAGGGUGUGCAAAGGUUGGGAGCAGUGGGAAGGUGUGCAGAGGUUUUCCGGACAGCAGCAGUGUCCGUAGUGAGUAGCAGGGUGGUGUUCCCAUCACACGGGCCCGGAGUGGACUAUGACUACGAGCGCCUGUUGGAUAUGGAGGCGCCCAGGCGGUGCUUUGUGGACUAUGACUACGAGCGCCUGUUGGAUAUGGAGGCGCCCAGACGCUGCUUUGGCAACCAGACGUUCCUGACGCUGGAUGAAUACGCUGCCAUUCAGGAAGCAAAGGCCAAGGUGGGUACUGUGCUGCUGUGGGAGGGUGUGCAAAGGUUGGGAGCAGUGGGAAGGUGUGCAGAGGUUUUCCGGACAGCAGCAGUGUCCGUAGUGAGUAGCAGGGUGGUGUUCCCAUCACACGGGCCCGGAGUGGACUAUGACUACGAGCGCCUGUUGGAUAUGGAGGCGCCCAGGCGGUGCUUUGGUAACCAGACUUUUCUGACGCUUGAUGAAUACGCCGCCAUUCAAGAGGCCAAGACUUUCCUGACGCUUGAUGAAUACGCCGCUAUCCAAGAGGCCAAGGUUGGUAGAUAUGGGGGAGUGUGCGCCAAGGUAGAGCGGUGGGAAGGCGUGCCAGGUCUGGGAUCGGUUGGACGGGCCGGAGUGGACUAUGUCUACGAGCGCCUGUUGGAUUUGGAGGCGCCCAGUCGCUGCUUUGGCAACCAGACGUUUCUCACUCUUGACGAAUACGCCGCUAUUCAAGAGGCCAAGAACCCCAAGAGGAGAAAGAGCGCACCUGUGAUGGUGGUGGACGUGUUCAUAUGCCACGUGCACCACUAUCAGACGGAGAGAGAGUGCGGUUACAUCCGACAACGGUACCAGCAGCUGCACAUCCACUUUGCUAAAACAGUCAUUCCAGAGAAGCGCACCCCAAGCCCCUGGUUCAAGUACCCCUCCAAAGAGUUCAUCUCCCUCUUUAACUACGAUGAUUCGGUCAUCGCCUUCGGGAACAUGUUCGGCGUGAGCGGGCAGGAUUUACGUUUUCACCAUGCCCGCCCGCUCGUGGUGCUGCCCGGAUGCAAAUACUACAUCAUGCCCUCACCCAUGGUUCGCCAGGCCGCUGCUGGGUUUAUCAACUCCUACAUCGGCAGCAGCACCAGCAGCAGUGAUAACAGCAAUGCAGGUGGUGAUGCUGCUGGUGGGGGUGUUCGGGCUGCUGGUGAUGGUGGUGCUGGUGGAACCGGGGGUGGUGGGUUCAUGGCAUUGCACAUGAGACGAGGCGAUUUCUACCAGCAUUGCGUCAACAUGAAGGGGCAUUCCAAGUUCGCCUGCUACCACCCGAUCCGCCAGCUGGCGGCGUGUGUGGCGCGGCGAUUGGACGAGAACCCGGGGGUGCGGGCGAUUUACCUCUCGACCAAUGGGGAUGAUGAUGAGGUGAGAAUGUUCCGGGAGUUUCUCGCGUUUGAACGGGCGAGACCGCGGAAAUACGUCGUAAAUGGGACGACGGAGGAUGGACGUGUGGGGAGUGUGGUUCGGGUGCGAGGGGGGCGCUCGGGGCUGUUUUCUUCCGAGCCUGUUCCGGUGGUUCGGAUGUCGAUUAAGAGCCUGGAGACGCAGCCUUGGGCCGAGCCUCUGGUGCAGGCUGGGGCGCAUAACGACAGUGUGGUGAUUUCGUAUGUGGAGAAGGCUAUAUCGGAGGGGGAAGGGGAGGCCGCGGGGGAGGCGGUCGGGGGGGCUACGGUGGAAGAGGGGGAAGAGGCGGAGGCGGAAGGGGAAGAGGCGUAUGCAGAUUCUGGCUGGAGGGCAACUGUAGAAAAGGUGAAAGUUGCGACUAUCUACAUACUGAUUCAUCUGGCGGGGGUGGCGGGUUCGGCGGAGGGGGAAGAGGCGGAGGCGGAAGCAGGGGAGGGGGAGCUGGCUGGGGGGGACAGGGGUGGGGUGGAGGCGGAGGUGGCGGAGGCGGGGGAGGGGGCACGGUUUUGGGCAGGCGGAAUGCGGACAGUCAGGGGGAUGGCGGAGGGUUUGGUGGUGAGCGGUGGGGAAGGCAAAGAGCAGGCGGAAGAAGCGGGGAGGGCGUCAGAGCGCGGCUCGGUGACGGGGGAGGCGGAGGGGGAGGGGGAGGCGGAGGUGGGGAGAGGCGCAUUGCGAGGCGGAAGGCGUGCAACUGCUGACGUGGAGAUGAUGACAGAGCUGACGGGGCAUGAGAAGGUGGUGCGGGCCAUAGCUCUACCGGAGAGCUCAUCUCAGCUGUACACAGGCAGUCAGGACGGGACGAUCCGAGUGUGGGACUGCACUUCAGGGCAGUGCGUGAGUGCAGCGAGCAUGGGGGGAGACGUGGGAGCUCUGAUCACCAACUCUGGAUGGCUCUUUGUCGGCCUGCCCAACCUCGUUAAGACAUGGGUGCUGGCGAGUGGAGUGCAGAGUGACUUGCCAGGCCCUACAGGGUCGGUGCACCAGCUGCUGCUGCACAACGGGAUGCUCUUUGCCGCCUGCAGUGACGGCAAGAUCCUGUGUUGGAAGUUCAACCCGGCCUCACAGCAGUUCGAGCCCGUGGCGUCACUGAUGGGCCACACGGCUGCUGUGGUGUGCCUUGAAGCCACUGCCACGCACCUCUUCUCUGGAUCCAUGGAUAAGAGCAUCAGAAUAUGGGAUCUCAGCACGGGAGCAUGUGUGCACAUAGUGCCAGCUCACGAUCAUGUGGUGAUGGCGCUGGUGGCCUGGCAAACUCACCUGCUCUCCUGCUCGCUGGAUGGGACAGUCAAGGUGUGGGCGCCGUCAGCAGCAGGAGGGGGCGCCAUCGACCUGGCGUUCACUCACACAGAUGCGGACGACAAGGGAGGCAGCGGGCAGACCGACAAGGAACCCGACGGAGCGCUGGCCAUGAAAGUGAGCACGGACCUGGCAGGCAACCAGGUGCUCAUGGUGGCGUAUAGCGACAACUCUGUUCGCCUCUACGACCUCCCAUCGUUCACAGAGCGGGGGGCGCUGUUCACGGUGCAGGAGGUGCGGUCGUUGUGUGUGGGACCCAGCGGUCUCAUGUUCACAGGGGACAGUGCAGGGACCGUCAAGGUGUGGCGGUGGACGCAGUGA